AUGUCGCUUCCGCCUGAAAUCAUCCAGGUCAAGCGCUUGGUAAAGAAGCGCAAGGCCACCGAUGACGACGAUGACGGCGUUGUUGAUUUCCUUCGUGUCGAUGGCGACAGGAAGCGUGCACGUGGCAACGACUACAUUUACCAGAGAAGGACCGACGGUCCGCCCGAUAUUGAGAGCAGCACCGGUCGCAAGCCACCCAGUGGUCUCCUACCCGUGAUCCACGCGUCCAAGCCCGGCGACGAGAAUCAUAAUGUCAAAAAGUCCAACCAUGCACAAGAAUCCAAACCCGUCGCAACGCCGAGACCCCUUCCAACAUCACAAGACGAAGCACCCGCAGCGCCUUCAACCCAAACAGGGGCACACAGCGUGUCCAAACUUAAGGCCGCUACUGAGCCUCGCAAAUUUCAUAUGUCUCGGGCAUCACUUGUCCCCUCACCCCUCUUCAGCCCAGGCGUGACCACGGGAAAGAGAUCCCGGUAUAAGACCCCGACAACUGUCUUCGUGGAGCGCGGUCACAAGAGGACGAGGACGGAGGAUGUACAGAUGCACGAUGCGGACAACUUCCAGACAGCCAAGAGCCAUGGGAAUGAUGACACGCAUGCGAGAAAACAAAAGCUACCCGGCGCCGACCGAAAGGGAGCAGAAGGCAAGCAUGCCCAAACGGUAAAGAGACAGGUUCCAGAGUCGCUCCGGAAGGAACAGGAUUCCGAUAUGGACGAGAUCACGCGAAGCAUGAAUGAAUUUGUCCUGCAACAGAUUGGUGAAAAUCUGGCAAAGAUUGAGGAACGCGACCGGAAGGUAAAAGCAGCAGCGGCGAAGAGGGCGUCGUCAGUCACGUCACCACAGUCGUCCAAGUUCAGGCCCAAGGCACCCUCGAAGCGUUACGCAGAGCGCCAUCCGGAGGUCGCAACUGCGCAAACGAACACUACGUCAGCUAUGCCACACCAAGAUGAGUACGAGAGCCUCAGUGAAGAUGAAUAUGUCAUCGAGACCUACGUACGUGUUGCAGCCGAAAGUUUGGGCAAAGACCUAGCCGCAGAGAAAGUCGGCUUGCUUGUCUUCGACAAUGAGCCUGAUGUGGAUUUCUUUUACGGAGAGGAGGGUGACAGCGACGAUGAAUGGCCUGAGGACGACGAAGAUGAAAAUGCGGAGGACUACUACGCUGCCGACUAUCCCGAUGAGGAGGUCGACUCAGAGGACGAGUACAACCGUGCUGCGUACCAGUAUCGCACCGGUAAUGCGUCUGACCUGGAAGAGUUUGACGAGCGAGAGGAUGGCAUCAUUCUUGACUACGGCGUAGAGAGAGAUGGGGAGCCCGACUCUUCCCUUGCGCGCUUCGGUGCUCGACCGCCUGGCGCAUUUAGGGGCUCUUGA